AUGCUCAGGAAAAUCCUUUUCUUCUUAUCCUGUGUGAUGCUGUCCCAACUGAGUUGCGCAUAUUCCAGCUACAAAGAAUGCUUGUAUGUAACCAACGACGAAGAUAUUCUAUCCUACUGUAAAAACGAAUCGGAUUGUUAUUUUAAAAAUGUUGAUGGCUCCGACUACUCAACCAUUAUUUGUGUGUGUAAAAAAUAUAUGGAUGAUUAUUUUUUCGCCGGACCGGAUUGUUCAAUACAAAUUUCUUACCACUACCAAACGAUGAAAAACAACGAAGUUAUGAACACCAGUUGGAUCGAAGACUUGUUCAACAUCAAUUCGUGGAAAAAUGAAGAAAACAGAGUUGGCAAAAUUUGCAUCAACCCCCGCUGUAGGUAGGUUGCCAUCAGUUCAGAUUAAUAUAACACGCCACUUGGCAUAUUCAAAAAAAAAAAAAAAAAAAUCAGCGAAAAAUUAAGAGGAAAAAAAUGUAGUUAUACUGCCCUGACAAAUCAUCAAACAGUGCGCGCACCGAAAUGAUCAACAAGGGGAUAGUCAUGAAACAGCUGCACAUAUACACAUGUAGACACAUAUGAUUCUGGGUGUCACACAACAUGUGGGCGUAACCCCUACUCCUGGGACAAUUCCUCCUGAAGGAUCUGCUCGUACUCACGCAACAGCUUACUUUUUAUACUUCUAGCCACCAUAAUAUACUCCCUCUGGGCAGGCUUCAGUAGCUCAUCCAAAUCUUCAUUAAUCAUUGCGUGAAUAUUUUUUUUCUUUUCGCGAAUGUUUUUUAAUACCUCAUUUUCAUACUCGUAAAAUUCGUUUAUCUUUCUCUCCUCAUCGGCAAUGCUCGGGACAUCAAUUUCGUUAACUUUGUCUAUGUUCACCUCGGUUACCUCAUUCUUAACUUUAUCGGUUAUAUCUUU